GAAUGCAAUCGAUGAAUCCACUUCGCGCUUUUUAAGCCUUUUGUUGUCUACCAUAACAUCCAAGCCCAGUCGUGCUCCGUAGUCAUCAUCACAUCAAAAAAAAUAAGAACCCGACCCUCCUACCCAGAACCAUAACAUUAGCAUUUACCUCGACCGGAUAAAAGAUUGACACUUCACUUCACACCACCACCACAACCACAACCACAUAAUAACAUCCUCGCCAGCAUUAUCCCAACCCGCAUUCACUGCACAGUGCGGUACCUACGACUCUUUCGUGCCGAUUCAUUUCAAUGGUAUUCCUUUCCCCAGACUCUUGAAUUAGAAUUACUCGAUGUCUGCGAGUACAUAAAAAAGAGAGCUUCAAGGAAGUGGUCAUAAACCGUGUCAAAAGUCGCGUGCUAGAACCACCCCCACUCCACUCCUUCACAGGAAUUUCUCUGUCCUACACAGAGAGUAUUGAUAUCUUUGCAUAUGGCAACAGUAUCACUAUCUCCAUUACCUGUCACAUUAACAACCAGUAUGUCGACCAGGAGGCAGCCGCUCUCCACCAUCUCCAAUGUCGCCAAUUCCCCGUACCGAGCGGUAGCUUCCACCACCACUAAACAAAAGCGAUCAUACGCCAACAUACAACGCGAAGAUGCAUAUGGACAACCCCCCCCCGCGAAAAAACAGAUGCUAGACGCACAUCACCAAACGUUAAGAACUCCUCCGCGUCAAAGUAUUAGCCAAGUAUCGGGUGAAGGAAGGAUUUUUACUCGGCGGUCGACCCAGCCAACCAAUUUUGAACGAAAGUGUGUGGCAGCCAGAGGAGACAGAGGUGCUCAGCAACAGCAGAUUACAAAGGCAGAUAAGGUGCCAGAGGAGAAUUUGGAAUCCAUACGUCAAUGGCAAAAGCAUUAUAGGAAGAUUUUUCCAAAAUUCGUCUUCUACUUUGAGAGCAUACCAGAGGAUGUCCGGCUUAAAUAUACUAAACAAGUUCUCGCCUUGGGUGCACGCGACGAAAAAUUCUUCUCGAAUGAGGUCACUCAUGUCGUCACUACUCGAUCAAUUCCAUCAGAGAUCCCAUUUACCUCGUCAGCUACCGCUGAGUUACAUUCGCAACAUGGCACUAUUAAUCCCUCUUUGCUAGACAGAUCAUCAGAGACUGCAGAUUCGAGGGAGUCUCGAUCGAAGUUUACAUUUGAAGCUCCAGGUGGUAGACGACUUAAUCCACAAGGACAUGAUGGAGACUCAAGACGACAAGUCCGUAGCUCGGACGUACUAUACAAGGCACGAGAAUUGGGAAUGAAGAUAUGGGCAUUGGAAAAGUUGCAACGGAUGAUGACAACAAUGUUUGACACGGAUACUGGUUACCAAACAGCACAUAGCCACAACACACGGAGCCAUUCUGUUCAGGGGGGUACGAUAAGCAGAGGGGGCCGGGAAGCUGACCUAUCCCAAUUAUUGAGGAAUGAACGAAUCUAUGGACCAUCCGAUCGAGACCUCAGCGUCGCCACAAAAGAAAUGACUAUAUUCAGAGGGCCUUAUAUCUAUAUUCACGAUAUUGAUGAAAAGCAAAAGCCAAUUAUGGUUCGAGAAUACAGCAAAGUUGCCCGCAAAGAAGAGGGAGAUUGGCCUCAGUUCCGUAGUGUUGCAAAUGGCAAGUGUCCAUUUGUGGAAGAGGUUGAGUAUAGUCGUCGUGAGGUGGAGAAAGAAAAGGAAUUGAUCCGUAUUCAAAGGCAAAAGGAAAAGGAAAGGGCUGCGGUUCCAAGGACAAGAGCUGCUGCUGCCGCGGUAGAAGCAGCUAAAAUGCAACCACCAAAGGCAAUCAGCAAGCGAGCACUAUCCCAACUUGAUGAUGGAGCAAAUCAAAGGGUUACUGUCUCGACAAAUCAAGCUAAUCCAUUUGAUACUGAUAGAAGUAAUCGUGCAGAACUUGAGUCUUCUUCUCGAGGGCAAAACGCGUUCGUCAGUCGUGCUGGCGUUGGUAGAUUGUUUGGAGGUGAGCCCGUUGCAUCGGGGGUUCAACCAUCGAACAUUACUUCUGCUAUUCGCUCUCAAAUGAUUUCUUCGACUGCAGCUCAACCUGGUCUCAAAGCUGGAACAAGUAAAGAGAUACAUGGUUUGCAGAGAAAGGUUCUUGAGAAGACAAACAGUGGAACUGGAUCCCAUCGUUUGACUGAUAUCACUGCUGCUGUAAGAGAAGACACAGCCACUCGCCCUGCAAAGCGUGAGGCGCAAAAGAAACUUGGUGUAAUUGAAGAGGAUGAUAUUCCUACAGACAAAGAUGAAGUGGCAAGAAAGAUGGAAGCUUCUCGCAAAGCAAAAGCUGUUCAGCAAAGAAAGCUUGAGAAGCGUGAUCCAAAACCCGGAUACUGUGAAAAUUGCGCCGAUAAAUUUGAAGACUUUGACGAGCAUGUCGUCUCACGUAAACAUCGUAAAUUCGCGGAGAAGCUUGAGAAUUGGAAAGAACUUGACGCCUUGUUAAAUCAACUGGUUCGACCUCUUUUAUGAUUGAAGAUUCAUUCGCUUUCGCAAACGUACUUUCAGCCGGUCAUUUGAAUUCAUAUUCGAAAUUCUACAACAGCUUGCCCCACACAAACUAAUAAUAUAACGGCGUUCAUUCAUCGGGGCAUGCAUAUGAAAAACCAAAACGGGAUAGUCACAACAGAAACAUCACAACCACAGCUUAUGUUCCAAACUUUGCAUUUGCUCCUUACGUACCACAAUACCCAACCAUUCACGGUUGCAGUUUCCCCAAGAGGAAUAGAUGAAAGGGAUGGGUAAUGUUGUUUGCUUUUGGGGUUAUGUUACUUGUCAUUGUUUGGUUUGAGUUUACAUUUAGCAUUUACAUAGGGGUUGGCGUUUUUUUCUUUCUAUGUCUGUGUUGAUUCUUUUCUCUUUGAGGGGGUGGGGCGUUGUGGGUUUCCAGGCGUGUUGUUGCUUUUGCUGAAGUCGAGGCUUGUUGAUGGGCAUGGUAUGGCUGAGGAGCAUCUUUUUGCAUGCACUUCGUCGCGGAAUGUCGUUUGUUUGUGCCUUAUGGUGUAUACGAGGUGGGGUGAGAGGUUUGAGACGAGGAAGUCAGAGCGAAAGAAUGCUAGAAGAGGAGCUGCUGCCUAUAAGUGAAUAGCAUGAGAUGGAAUCUGAUGAUGUGUUCAGAAAGCACUUUACUUGUGAGAAGGCGAGAGAAGGGAGGAAGUGUUCUUUCCAUGUACAUAUUAUAUAUGUAUAUGUGUGUCGGUUAAUGAAUGACCGCAUCAAUGAAUAAAGAAAAAAGAUCAUAAGAAUCGAUGUCAAAAUAAAAAUGAGAUUUUAUUCA